CGGGUCGGAACCAGGAAACUGAAGCCCUAUCGAUAAAGAAAAGUAAAUCGCGGGGCUAAAAUCGGAGAGUUAGGUGGAUGCCCCACUAUCGUAAGAGGCUUCGAAAAUUAAUUCCUUUUGUUCUUUGACUCAUCAAACAAAGCUUUCUACUCCGUUAAAAAGGACGACGCUGAUUUCUAAUAUCUAAGGAAUUGGCGAAUACUACACUAAUUAUCGCAAAAUGUCGACCUUCGGAUCCUCGUUUAGGGUGACUACCUACGGCGAAUCCCAUUGCCGAUCAGUGGGAUGCAUUAUCGACGGCUGCCCGCCGGGCAUGGAGCUCACAGAAGCGGACAUUCAACCACAAAUGAACCGUCGCCGGCCGGGCCAGAGCAGCAUCACAACACCCCGAAACGAGAAAGACAAAGUCGCCAUACAAUCCGGUACCGAGUUCGGCGUCACUCUCGGCACUCCCAUUGGCCUCGUGGUUCUCAAUGAGGAUCAGAGGCCCAAGGACUAUGGGAACAACACAAUGGAUCGUUUCCCACGGCCCAGUCACGCGGAUUGGACCUACCUCGAGAAGUACGGCGUUAAGGCGAGCAGCGGUGGUGGAAGGAGCUCGGCUCGGGAGACUAUCGGCAGGGUAGCUGCAGGCGCCAUCGCCGAGAAGUACCUCAAGCUUGCCUUCGGCGUGGAGAUCACCGCUUUCGUAACGUCCGUCGGCGCAGUCCACAUGUUCCCACCCACACCCGAGUGUCCAACACAAAGCCAGAACCCCGCGUUCUUAGAGCUUAUCCAAUCGAUCGACCGGGAAACCGUCGACAAGUUCUUGCCCGUGCGGUGUCCGAACGAGGAGGCCUCUCAGAAGAUGGCCGACUACAUAGCCGCCUUCAAGGAUCGUAACGACAGCAUCGGCGGCACCGUCACCUGCGUCAUCAAGAACGUGCCUAGCGGGCUGGGAGAGCCGUGCUUCGACAAGCUAGAGGCGAAGCUCGGACACGCCAUGCUCAGCAUACCGGCGACCAAGGGCUUCGAGGUCGGCUCCGGCUUCGGCGGGUGCGAGGUCCCCGGCUCGAUCCACAACGACCCCUUCAUCAAGGCGCCUGACGCGCCCUCCUCUGAGCAAGAGACGGGCGCGGGGCGCAACGGGACGCCGAGGCCGAGACUCACGACCAAGACGAAUAACUCGGGCGGCAUCCAGGGGGGCAUCUCGAACGGCGCGCCUAUCUACUUCCGCGUCGCGUUCAAGCCGCCGGCGACCAUCAGCCAGGCGCAGACGACGGCAACGUACGACGGCGAGUCCGAGGGCGUGCUGGAGGCGAAGGGGAGGCACGACCCCUGCGUGGUGCCGAGGGCGGUGCCGAUCGUCGAGGCCAUGGCCGCGCUCGUCGUCAUGGACGCGCUGAUGCAGCAGAUGGGCAGGCACGAGGCUAAGAGGCAUCUGCCGCCCGCGAAGAUAACCGUGCCGGUUUCGGAUAAUGGUGUUUCUAUGGGUGCGAAAUAGGGGGGUUCGGGGAUGGAUAA